GAAGUCUUCAGCUCGCACUCUCGAGUUCUCUGCAAGGCUGAAACUUCGCGCAGAUCAAGGAAAAGGGUUUCCGCGAGUGGGAUCCAGAAGGGAGCAGACCCGCGAGUGGGACGGGUGGGGGUUGCCCACUGGGCGCACAGCAUGGCAGUGCCGGGCGAGGCAGCCCAAGAGCCGGCCAAGCUGGGCCUCGAAGGGGCGAGUCCCGUCCGGGUGGCCAGCGGGGACCACUACCUCCGUGGCGCGUCCCCUCCAUCCCGGCGGGGCUCCGGCGGCCGCGGCUGUUGGGGAGCCCCGGUGCUGCAGCCGCUCCGGCGCUCGCCGCAACUCUCCUCGGCGCUGUGCGCGGGCUCCCUGUCGGUGCUGCUGGCCUUGCUGGUAAGGCUGGUCGGCGGGGAGGUCCGAGGCGAGCUGGAGUCGAGUCAGGAGGCGGCGGCCGAGGAGGAGGAGGAGGAGGAAGGAGCCCGAGGGGGCGUCUUCCCGGGCCCUCGGGGAGGUGCUCCCGGGGGCGGCGCGCAGCUCAGCCCUUGGCUGCAGGCGGCCGCGCUGCUCUUCAGUCUCCUGUGCGCCUUCUUCUGGAUGGGCUUGUGCCUGCUGCGCGCCGGAGUGCGCCUGCCUCUGGCCGUCGCGCUGCUGGCCGCCUGCUGCGCCGGGGAAGCGCUGGUGCAGCUCUCCUUGGGCGUAGGGGACGGUCGCCUGCUGUCCCUGCCCGCCGUGGGGGUCCUGCUCAGCUGCCUUGGGGGCGCGACAUGGCUGGUGCUGAGGCUGAGGCUGGACGUCCUCAUGGUCGCCUUGACUAGCGCGCUCAGGACGGUGGCCCUGGUUUCUCUGGAGAGGUUCAAGGUCGCCUGGAGACCUUACCUGGCAUACUUGGCGGCCGUGCUGGGGCUGCUGCUGGCCAGGUACGCCGAGCAGAUCCUGCCGCAGUGCUCCGGGCCGGCUCCGCCCAGGGAGCGGUCUGGGUCCCAGCUGAGCACGAGGUGCAGGGAAGAGAUUCCGGCGGGGUGGAAGAGGAGGAGGCGGUCCAGCUCCGUGGUGGCCGGCGAGAUGUCCGGCUGCAGCAGCGGCAAGUCGCACAGGAGGACCUCCCUGCCCUGCAUACCCAGGGAGCAGCUCAUGGGCCACUCAGAAUGGGACCACAAGAGAGGACCACGAGGAUCUCAGUCAGGAACCAGCAUCACCGUGGAUAUUGCCGUGAUGGGUGAGGCCCACGGCCUCAUCACCGACCUCCUCGCAGACCCUUCUCUGCCCCCAAAUGUGUGCACAUCCUUGAGGGCCGUGAGCAACCUGCUCAGUACCCAGCUCACCUUCCAGGCCAUCCACAAGCCUCGAGUGAACCCCACCGUGACCUUCAGUGAGAACUAUACCUGCUCCGAUUCUGAGGAGGGCUUGGAGAAAGACAAGCUGGCCAUUUCCAAGCGCCUUAGAAGAAGUUUGCCACCAGGCUUGCUGAGAAGAGUCUCAUCAACUUGGACAACCACCACCUCUGCCACAGGUCUGCCAACCUUGGAGCCUGCACCAGUGCGGAGGGACCGCAGUGCCAGCAUUAAGCCGCAUGAAGCACCUUCAUCCAGUACUGUCAAUCCUGACUCUUGGAAUGCCCCAGUGUUGAUGACUCUCACCAAGAGCAGAUCCUUCACUUCGUCCUAUGCUGUCUCUGCAGCUAAUCAUGUGAAAGCUAAGAAGCAAAACAGGCCAGGUGGCCUUGCUACAAUUUCACCAACUCCCUCGCCUUCCUCCUCACCUCCUCAAGGAUCGCCUGACAGCAGUCCCGUCAGCAGCAUUACUUCAGCUCAGUUUCCAGAAUCCUCUGAAGCAACUGCCAAGCGAGGCCCCGGAUCUCACAGGGUCUUAACUUACACCCAAAGUGCCCCAGACCUGUCCCCUCAGAUCCUGCCUCCACCUGUCAUAUGUAGCAGCUGUGGCAGACCUUAUUCACAAGGGAAUCCUGCAGAUGGAUCCUCAGAGACAAGUGGUCCAGCCAUUCAGAAACCAAACAGAACAGAUGACACUUCUCAAGUUACCUCUGAUUAUGAGACCAACAACAACAGUGACAGCAGUGACAUUUUACAGAAUGAAGAGGAGGCUGAGUGCCAGAGAGAGCCACUGAGGAAAGCAUCGGCUUGUGGCACCUAUACUUCCCAGGCCAUGAUCUUCCUGGACAAACCAAUUCUUGCUCCAGAGCCCCUGGUCAUGGAUAACCUGGACUCGAUUAUGGAUCAGUUAAACACCUGGAAUUUUCCAAUUUUUGAUUUAGUGGAAAAUAUAGGAAUAAAAUGUGGCCGUAUUCUGAGCCAGGUGUCGUACAGACUGUUUGAAGACAUGGGCCUCUUUGAAGCCUUUAAAAUCCCAGUUAGGGAAUUUAUGAAUUACUUCCAUGCUUUGGAGAUCGGAUACAGGGACAUUCCUUAUCAUAACAGAAUCCACGCCACUGAUGUCUUACAUGCUGUGUGGUAUCUCACAACGCAGCCAAUUCCUGGCCUCCCGAGUGUGAUUAGUGAGCACGGAUCAGCAAGUGAUUCAGAUUCUGACGGUGGCUUCACUCACGGACACAUGGGUUAUGUGUUUUCAAAGAUGUAUCAUGUGCCAGAUGACAAGUACGGGUGUCUGUCCGGGAACAUUCCAGCCCUAGAGUUGAUGGCUUUGUAUGUGGCUGCAGCCAUGCACGACUAUGACCACCCAGGGAGGACAAAUGCUUUUCUGGUGGCCACUAGUGCCCCUCAGGCGGUGCUGUAUAAUGACCGCUCAGUUCUGGAGAACCACCAUGCAGCUGCAGCGUGGAGUCUCUUCAUGUCCCGCCCAGAGUAUAACUUCUUAGUGAAUCUGGACCAUGUGGAAUUUAAGCACUUCCGGUUCCUAGUCAUUGAAGCAAUUUUGGCUACUGACCUGAAGAAACACUUUGACUUUGUAGCCAAAUUUAACGCCAAGGUAAAUGACAGUGUUGGGAUCGAUUGGACCAAUGAGAAUGAUCGCCUCCUGGUAUGUCAAAUGUGUAUAAAGUUGGCUGACAUAAACGGGCCUGCUAAAUGUAAAGAACUUCACCUGCGCUGGACUGAGGGCAUCGCCAGUGAGUUUUAUGAGCAGGGCGAUGAAGAAGCCAGCCUCGGUUUGCCCAUAAGCCCCUUUAUGGACCGUUCUGCCCCACAGCUGGCCAACCUUCAGGAGUCUUUCAUCUCGCACAUCGUGGGGCCCCUUUGCCACUCCUACGACUCUGCGGGUCUCAUGCCAGGAAGAUGGGUGGAUGACAGUGAUGACUCAGCAGAUACUGAUGAUCCGGAAGAAGAGGAGGAAGAAGCUGAAACACCAAACGAGGAAGAAACCUUUGAAAAUAAUACAGCUCCCAAAAAGAAAACUUUCAAAAGGAGGAAAAUCUACUGCCAAAUAACUCAGCACCUUCUACAGAACCACAUGAUGUGGAAGAAAGUGAUUGAAGAGGAACAGUGUUUAGCAGGCACAGAGAACCAGUCCCUGGACCAGGCCCCUCUGCAGCAUUCUUCAGAGCAGAUCCAGGCUAUCAAAGAGGAAGAGGAAGAGAAGGGGAAGCUAAGAGCAGAGGAGACCCUGGCUCCACAACCAGACCUGUGACCAUGGGCAGAGCAUGCUGUGUUUGCAGAUAGAAUGACUUGUCCCAGACACUUUCCAAGCCAGCACAACACUUAGACACAACACUGUAGAAUACCAGAAGAUGGGCAAAUGGCUAAAGCGUUUGGGGAAUUCUUCACAUUUUGUGUGUUUGUUUUUACAGUGAAGGACAGCGCUGAAGACUCUACUCAAAGCUUUCACUUUGCAACACCAGCGUCUAAAGACUGUUUUAUAAGAAAGAAAUAUAUAUGUGUGUGUAUGAAUUCCCACAUAGGUUCAUGUAAGACUUGUAUUCACGUAUAUACACAUGCACACUGAGAGCUAGGAUGCCUGACUCCACAAGGUAGUAACAGUCGUAUUAGAUAUACAGAGGUCACUGUGAUAUAAUAAAUCAUAAAGGACAAGAACUCAUGAGGAAAUGUGCAGCUUAGCGAGGAAACAAAUGUAGGCCCCAGACAGAACAGCUCUUGUUCUCCCUACUGAGGGAUGAACAUUCCAGAGCAUUGUUGGAAUUCUAACGCAUCCUGCCAACUGUGUGUGUGAGUGUGUGUGUGUGUGGGGGGGGGUAUUGUACAUGUGUAUGCAUGUGGAAAAGGAGAUGUUUGUGAUUUUAGUUGUUCAUAGAAUAGCUGUAGCAGGUGAUGAAGUCCUUGUGAACAUACAGAAGGACAUCCUUUCUGGAGUGUCUUUGAAUGGCAGCCCCCUCCUUUUAGUUUCUAAGAAGGUUCUUUUGCAGAGGGAGGGCCUGCAUGGGCCACAUGAUUGGUUACACUGCUACCUGCCACUUGGAGGCGCUCUGCCACCAUCCUCACAAUCACAAGACUAAGGCUUUCUGGUCUACUCUGGCCUAAUGAAUGUAUAAGGGUGUGUGUGAGUAUACAUGUCACUCACCUGUGAUAAAAUCGCCGUGGAAGGGAAUGGCAUUCUUUACUGAUGGACACCCAAGAGGAGCUGGAGUCAGCUCUUCAUCAGGUAAGAGUUCUAAGAGGGUGCUGGGAAAGGCCCAGGAAAUCACGUUUAGCAAUGAUACUCCGUGUCUUCUCAAUGUGAUGCCAUAGAUGCUGUAGUGAAGAAGAGAGUCAGCAGACUCACCACGGGUUCUAUGGCAAGGGGUGAAGCCAAAAUGCCAACUUAGGGUUUGGACGUUGGCCUGGGGAAAGCUGACCCUUGGCAACUGUUAAAGAAUGUUUGUUCAGACAUCCUAAGUUGUGGUCUUCCAUACACUGUGUGAUGGCAUAUCAUGACUUUGCAGCCUGGUCCAUGUUCAAUGCUCCUUUUUUUAAGGAAAAUUAUGGUGGAGAUUGGUUAUUGUUUGAGGAUAGACCAUUGUAAGCUAUUUGGGUCGUUUUGUUUUGUUUUCUACACUUGUUUAUGCUGUGAGCCAAACCUCUAUUUAAAAAAUUGAUACUCACUUUCAAUAUUUUAUUGGAUAUUAUUACAUAUGUCAUGACUAGCUACCAUGAUGUAAAUAUAAAGAAUUUUUUUUGUUUAUGUAGAUAGUAAACUUUUUUUAAAGAGAAAAAGGGGAAAAGGGAAACAUUUUAUAGUUAUAUUUUAAUCACCAUUUUUAUACAAUGUAGCUAUCUCCAAGCCCAUAGCUGAGUGUUGGUUCAUUGUGGAGUUUGAGGGACACCUGCCAUCUGCCUACUUUAGUUUGAUUCAUGAUCUGAUACUCUUGUUGCUGUUAAAUUAAGGUAUUGCAAAGAGAUAAACAUUUGCUAACUAAAUUAAUUUGAGGUCUUUCCAUGCUUGACAAAAAACAAACAAACAAAAACUUUUUUUAAACAAAUUGUUAGUAUUUCUCUCUAAGCUCUGUUGCUUGUAGCUCCUGGUUUAGUUCUGUAUUCACAGAAUUCUAGUCAUCUCAGCCUCUGAGUCCUCUGCAUGGAUUUCUGCCUUUUCACACCCUUGAUUGUUUACAUUAAAAAUCCCUUUGCCUCCCAUACAUGGGGCUUGUGCCCUUCCCCUCAAAAGCAUGAUUUUAUGGUAAUCCACAGCAGUUUUUUUCCAAAUAGACAAAGAUGAAAUAAAGAAUCAAAUAUUUCAAGACAGAUUUUCUAGUUCACAGGACAAUGCAAAGAGGAUUGGAAAGAUUCGGGCCUCACACAAACAGCUAGAAUGUGUGUCCAUAUAUUUCUGAGUUAACACCAGGGCUUCAGCAUUUCACAGGUCCUGAAUCAUUUUUCUUUCUUGAUGGUACCCAUGCAUCUCUGUUUGUAAAUCUCCUCUGAAGCAAGAAUGCUUCUACAGUGAACCCUUCCCCUGCAAUAAAAAUGAUAGACAGAACACUCACUUUCAUGUACCCUUCACUCAGUAGCUCAUUCCCAUCUCCAAGUGGAUGCAUGUCUGUAACAUAAAUAGUCAAACAAGCUAAAUAUGAAGGAAGCAGACUGCCAUAUCCAUUACAAGUGUAUAUAUUGGCAGUUUGAAUAAAGCUGCAGAAUCCAAGUAGGAGCCAGGUUGGUUGCAUCAUGGGCGUCUCAGCAAACUGCCCAGUUUUGUUUGCUUUAAGGUAAAUGAAGUAACAGGAUAAUGACCAAAGCAGUUUGAAACUAUCUGUUCUAGAACUGAGCAAUUCUAGAAUGUUCCUGAAUUGAGUAACUCAUCCAGGCAGAUUGAGUUUUUCUUCUUAGCAAGCACGUUGUCAUUCUACUCAAACGAAAAGACAACAAACAAAAGAGAAGGGUGGAGCCCACCAAGUGUUCGAUCUAAAGAUCCGCCCUUGAUAAAUUUGAAAGGGCAUCAUCUAAUGACAUCAAAAGUAUUUUCCAUGAAUGAUGUUGUCCAUCUUCUUGGCAACAGCAAUAUUACUGUGUUCACCUCCAACUUCAGAGUUAAUUUCCUGUGGUGCCAAUGUAUUUGAUGUGAUUUACUACAGUUUUAUAUGAGCCCAUACAGGUGCCAUUUGAUCAACUCAGGUCUCUCAGUGAAGGGGUUUCUACACACUUAGGGAAAGAAUAGUUUUAUAGAUAGCCAUAACAUGCCAUUGGUAGGAGAAAUUGGAACCAGCUGCUCUCUAUGGAGUAGACGCCUGUGUGUAUUCUGCAUGUUAUCCAUGGUAUUAUCAGCAUACUAAUUGAAUGUCUUCAUGGUGAUCGAACCCACUUGACCUUUUUGAGUAGUAUUUCCUUAGCAGAAAUAACUCUUUUGCUGAUUUACUUAGCUAUAAGGGGGGAAGUAAACUGUUCUCAUUUAUGAAGACCUGGUUUGUUCUCAGUAGGACAUGAGCUCAGUAGUCAGUAUGUGCUCAUCUCUAGUUGCCAUCACCUGGCAUUGAGAAAAUCGCUUCUUGUUUGAGAAAGUAUUUGCCUUCCUCCAUCAUUGAACCCUGUUGUGUUUGGGUUUUACACCAGAACAAACGUUAGUCAUUGCUGCCCCUGUAAUGCCACAGAGAAGGAACUGAGUACCCUGCAAACUGUUUAAUAUAUGUAAAUAUUUGCAAUUUCCCUGUGUCCUCUGCCUUUCUUUCCCAGAGAACUUUCUUGAAGGUAAAAGCUGUGCAAAAGGUGUGAGACUCAGGCCUACUCUUUGUUUAAAUGAUGGAAAAGUAUAAAUUAUUUUCUAAGUAAUAAAAAUAUGAAAUUAUCAUUGUAAAUAAAGUCUAAAGUUUGAAAUGACUUCUUUAUAAAAGUGGAGUAUUUGUGUGAUGAACAACUCCUGACCAAUGGGAAAUGAAUAAUCCAGAAGUCCUGUCUGUUCUGCUUUGGGACACACUCUUGGUGCUUCCAUGAAGCAGGGACCUCUACUGUUCUCUUUAGGAUAGCUCUUAGAAACAUAAUGGAAACUGUAACCAUAACAAGGGGCUUGUUAGCCUUCUCCACAGUCCUGAACCUCAUUGGAUGCUCCCCUUGAUUUUUGUGCCCUUAGUGAUUAAACUGGCUUUUCAAUGGCUGAAGGCUACAGUAACAGAGUUCUAUGACCUUCAAAGCACAGAUUUUUAAUGAAGACUGUCUGUCUACUCUUUGGAUCUGGGGUUGGGAGGGGGUAGCAAAAAUUUGCAUGUGAAUAGUUCAGCCCCAGAUAACCAUAAACUUUCAAACUGAAGUCAUUUUCUUACCUUAUUUUGCCCCCUGACCAAUAAAAUUCUACAGGAUUCUUUUUCUAGGUCAUUCAUUUCUUUCAGGAAUUUAGAAAGGAAACUGAAUUUGCUGAUAACGGUACAUUUAAAAAUCUAUUCAAGUGUAUUCAAACUUUAGAUAAAGAAAAUAAUUCACUGUUUCAAGCAGAAGAGAUCUCAGAAUUAAAUUAAUCUUAGAAUAUCUAAUUAAUUAAUUAAUAAAGCGAAAUCCAUCAGUUUGGGGUCUUAGAUCCUUAUCAUGUCAAUUCAUCCUCCAACAAAUGCCCAUGUAAUUAUUGAAAAUUAAAUUAGAAGUGGAUUAAGUUUUAGCACCAACUCAACUAAGCCAUACACUUUGGUCUAGGUGGCUUAAAUUUUGCUUUUGAUGAGUGUUUAUUUGUAUAUAUCAUAUGAGGGAACCAUGAUUAGAGAAUAAUAACACAGUAAUAUACAUUAUCAGUAAUCUGUUUCUACCUUAUACAUUGUGUGUGCUAAAUGAUGUUACUUUUUAUAAUACUGCCUUUUGACUUAACUAAGGAUUGGUGUUAUAUUCAUGCUAGUAAAUUACCCCAACAAUGAUUAGAUGUCAUGACUAAGCUUUUUGACCUUUGUGUGAAUACAUUAAGUGUAUCCUUAGAUGCAAAAAUGAAGUUGGCGGGACCCAAUCUGUUGCUUCAAAGGGUUUUAAUGCAGAAAAGACCAUAGUAAACAGACUGUGUGCUUUUGAGCCAGGCUAAAGGCUCUAAAGUGAUGUUACAUGUCUUAUCAUUAUGUGUUGGCAUCUUAGGUGUAUGUCUCCCCCCAAAAGUGUUUUGACACAGGGAAAAAUAGCCUCCUUUUAAUAGACAAAUGCUCAUUGUGGCCAUGUUCAGCCUAGAUUCCUUGCUUUGGAUUACGAAGUGGCUCUUUAACCAUGAAAACUAACAAAAAGUAAUGUUAAGUCCUUGUGUAUUGUUACUGACAGUCCUUAAAUUUGAUUGGUUUUCUUGAAGUACCACUCUUUUAAGGUUUCUUCUUCUUUUAUCAUGCAAGGGAAAUUUUUCAGGAUUUAAUGUUUUCCUAAUGAUAUGGAAGCAAAUGGUGUAUAAGAGGAUCAAUAAGUACAUAAAUUGAAUAAAGUACGUUAAGAAUUUAAGUGACUACAUGGUAGCUCACCAGCCUCUAACUCCAUUUCUGGGCAUCUGACACCUUCUUCUGGCUUCCGUGGGCACUGCAUAUGCAUGGUAUAGACAUAUAUGCAGGCAAAAUACCCAUCUACAUAAAAUAAAUUUGUACAAAAAAUACUGAGGCAUUUAAGUGCCCACCUUACAAUCUAAGUUUGUCUGAGUUAUUCCAAUGCACAAGAAAACAUUAUUCAGUAAUUUAUCAUUAUACAGUUAAAAGAUGCAUGAUCUAUUACCAUAGAUUUUAUUUAUUAAAUUAUAAUACAGUUUAAAACCCAAGUUCUUCAACACUAAGAAAAUUAAACAUUAUUAAUUUUGGCUUUCACGGAGGAGGGUUGGCCUUGGGUUAACGACCCUACUGUGUUCAUCUGUAAUGUUUGAUCAAACAGCAGGACAAAAUAUGAAAUUCCUACAUAGAAAAGUAACAGAAAACUGUUUGUAAGGCCUUGGUAAUUUAAAUUUCCAAUCUUAUGAUUCAUACUUCUUUCAAAUUAAACAAACUAUUGCAGGAAAUUCUCACUUCUUAACAACAGAAAAAAGUCUGGCUCAAAGGAGAAAAGGAGUAGUUUCUCGCUAAUUUUACUUCCCUGCGCCAAUGCCAGCAAAGAAGGUGUAAUCAGAAGUACUCCUCUAUUGGAAGAGAAAGAAGGACUGCUUUUCAUGCCAGGGUCCAAGUGACUCUCACUCCAUUUCCAUCAUGAAACCUGUAGUACAAACAAGUAGGUAAAGGCAGAAAUGAAGAUUACAUAAAAUCCUCCAUGCACAAUCCCUACACCUGUCCAACCUUCCCACAAACCACCUUAGACGUUUGCUCUGGAGUGACAUGACGUUGCAGGUCCAUUAUCCCUUCCCAGCUUCAUUUAACAUGAUGAGCACCUCUACUCUUUUCUGAAUGUGAACAAUUAGUGUUCUCAGCUGCUGCCGCCACUGAGAAGAACUUUUCCAUAGUAAUUACAUCCCCUUGAUAUAGCAAAAUAUUCAGAUGUUAAUGUGAAAUCAAUAAUAAGUGUUUUAAAUUGUCCUCUUUGUAUAUAUAAGUUGCUGAUGAAUAGGGGUACUGUCACGUCUCCUUUAAAAUUAUGAAUUGAUUAUUUUUCUAACUCAGAAAAUCUUCAUUAUACCAGAUAUUUCAUUUUAGCUAUUUAUACACAUACUCUGGAACUAUACUAUUGCUGCCAUUAAAGAAUAAUACUAAGAUAGCUAUAUGAUACAUAGUAAUGGAGGGUUCAGUGACAUUUAAUAUAUAUUUAUUCACCAAUCACUAAUUUUAAAUAUGCUAUAAAAUAUUUGCAUGAGAUUUUUAACAUAUUUGCUUGGCUUUUUUAUUUAUGAGUGUCAGUUGACUUCAUACAUUUUUACAGUAGAACACAUACCAUAUUUUUUGGACCAGUAAGGCUAAUCUGUUAGCUAAAAAGCACUGGAGAUAGAUAUAUCUGAAUACACAUAUCCCCUUGAACUUUUUCCUGGAGGUUUUUAUCAUGCUAACCACAAAAUAAAAAUUGGUGCUUGCUUUUACACAUUUUGUGAGGUCUCAAGGCAAAAUACGGAAAAAAAAAAAAGAUUCUCUUUGUCCUUCUGUAAUGAUGUUAGGAAUUUUAAUCUGAAUCCAGUGGGUUUGGGUUUGGGUUGACAUGGUCAAUUUCAGUUUUUUGUUCUCGUAGAAAAUGCAUUCUGAUUCUUGAUUGAGCAGUUGCUUUGAUCCAUUAUUGCUUCUUUGUGGGAAAAAAAAAGGCAUUGAGUGGUUCUCUAAAUAGCAGCUUCUGAAUAUUCAAAACUAUGUCAUAAUAUUUAUAACCCAGAAGGGGAUAAAAUUGAUUUAAUUUGGUGUUCCUAAAAGUGCCCAUUAUUUCAAAUAACUGCCAACUAAAGUAAUAGUGGUGGAGGCAUCAUUUGUAAAUGACACUUUGUAGCAAUGCUUUUCUUACCAUACUAGGCCUGAAUAUAUUUAUCAAUUAGUAUCUUUGCCAAAUUUAUCCAUUUUUAGCAACACAAAAAUUUGGAACUUAAAUGAUUGUUUUACAACUGAAAUCAGUCUGGUCUUGUCACCUAUAUUUUGCACUUGAUGUAUGUAGCAAUAUUUAGUACCAUUCCACCAUAAGUAUUUGUUAAGUGGUAUAGGUAAGAGCUGAUAAAAGUUUUGUAAAAAAUAGGAUCUGUACAGAAAGAGAAUUAGAUAAAUUAUAUAUAAUUUUAUUGUUUGUUUUUUAGCUUAGAAACUAUAUCGAUAUUCCCUUUUUGCCAGAAUUACUGGAAGUGCCUCUGGUUUUAUAUAUUUACAUACAUAUUCAAAAUUAUUAAAAUUGUGUUAUAGAUGAUCAAUAUGUAUGCUACAAUGUGAAGAUGACGUGUAAUAUAAAAGUGAUUCUGUGAUAUCA